CUAAGCAGUCCGCACAGCCGCGCUGUUCCGCUACAGGGACGGUCCGCAGCGCCCGCCGAACGGCAAUCAUGAGUGAUCGAAAGGCAGUGAUCAAGAAUGCGGACAUGUCAGAAGAGAUGCAGCAAGACUCUGUGGAGUGUGCUACUCAGGCCUUGGAGAAGUACAACAUUGAGAAGGACAUUGCUGCUCACAUAAAGAAGGAGUUUGACAAGAAAUACAAUCCCACUUGGCACUGCAUCGUGGGAAGGAACUUUGGCAGCUACGUGACUCAUGAGACCAAGCACUUCAUCUACUUCUACCUCGGCCAAGUCGCUAUUCUUCUUUUCAAGUCUGGUUAGAACCAUGGACUGUCACUGAAACUUGCACCUGGUUACAGGACUGCACACUAACAACUCCAAACAGCCUCCUACCUUCAGCCUUCCUGAGGAAACAGACCUUGAUCUUCAGGGCUUUUGUUGUAUUAUUAAUGGUCAGGGAUUUUGCUGUAGCAGCUGGUAUUUUCAUUGUGGCUAUAAAAAAGGCAAAAGUGUCUUCCUUGUAUUUAUUUUCUUUCAAAAGAUGGCUUCUUUGCUAAUAAAAUUGUUGGAACAAGUUUA